AGGUCCACGGUUACACGACUUCAUACGAAAAGGUAGCAACAUCGUCUAGUUAAUACUUAAGCGAGACUGCUUGUCGUUGACUACACCGGAGAGGUGCCGGUGACUUGUUGGUUCGAAAGAUGUCGCCGUCGUCGACGGGUGACUCGCCUCUUUCCGCCGGCGCAGCAAGCAAUUCGGGACGGCCUUUCCCCUUGCCCUCGAGAGAGACCUUCUCUAUCGAGGUCCCGUCGCCGCAACUUAACCCGGCCACCAACGGCUCAGCGCUAAAGUCUCCGACGGCCGUCAACAAGGCUCAGCGCACUGCAAGUUUCAGCCGGGAAGGAAUAUUAGGUUCGGCACAAAAAGCUCGGAACCUUUCUCAAACGUCUGAGAUCCGUACUGAGCAAAUCACCAAUGGCAUGUCGAAAGCAUCUAGCGACGAAGGGGGAAACCCAUUAAAGAGGAGGAAUACGGAUGCGACUGUUGACUACCCCCGGAGACGAGCCACUAUCGCGUGCGAAGUUUGCCGCUCUCGGAAAUCAAGAUGUGAUGGCACGAAACCAAAAUGCAAGCUUUGUACGGAACUCGGGGCUGAAUGUAUAUAUCGAGAGCCCGGGAUCAAGCUUGACGCUGGCGACAAGCUCAUUCUUGAGCGAUUGAACCGAAUCGAGAGCCUUCUUCAAAUCAAUUUGACAAACGGCCACCCGAACGCAAUGCAGAUUACCCACGAUUCCCCGCCCAUAAGUAACGGGACGGCUCUCAGCGGCGAUAAUGUCAUGAUUCAGAACUCUUCCGGUAACUUUGUCUCUAUUAUACCAAGCGGUGGCUUAGGUACUUGGACAAGUCAUCCCCAAGGUACUAACAUCUCUACGAUGCCUAAAGUUCACACAAACGCCGCGCUUCACCUGCUGCAAUGGCCGUUGAUUCGGGAUCUGAUCGGACGCCCGUACGACCCACAGAUCAUCCUACAACUUGAGAUGGCUCGGGAGCCACUACAUUCCUUAGCGAAGACUCCCUGUGUCGACUUAUCAAAUACUAAUGCUUACAUCGAGGCCUACUUCGAGAGAGUGAACGUAUGGUAUGCCUGCGUCAAUCCUUUUACUUGGAGGAGCCAUUAUCGUACGGCAUUGUCGACCGGGUUUCGCGAAGGUCCAGAAAGCUGUAUCGUGCUACUAGUACUUUCACUCGGCCAGGCGAGCUUGCGCGGUAGUAUAUCCAGGAUUGUGCCUCAGGAGGACCCUCCGGGCCUGCAAUAUUUUACGGCUGCAUGGUCACUCCUACCCGGCAUGAUGACUGCGAAUAGCGUCUUAGCCGCUCAGUGUCAUUUAUUAGCCGCUGCAUAUCUUUUCUACUUGGUAAGGCCUCUGGAAGCGUGGAAUCUACUGUGCACGGUGAGCAGCAAAUUACAACUAUUACUUAUGACUCCGACUCGCGUGCCCGAAGACCAGAGAGAACUUUUAGAACGAAUUUACUGGAACGCUCUCCUGUUCGAAAGCGACCUUCUCGCGGAAUUAGAUUUGCCCCAUUCCGGAGUGGUUCAAUUUGAGGAAAACGUUGGACUUCCUGGUGGAUUUCAAGGAGAAGAAUCCGAAGCAGUUGGUCGAGACGAUCUCUGGUACUUCUUAGCUGAAAUCGCCUUAAGAAGACUCCUCAAUCGAGUUAGCCAACUCAUUUACUCCAAGGAUUCUAUGGCAUCAACUACGAGUCUAGAGCCUGUCGUCGCGGAGCUGGACUUUCAGCUUACGCAGUGGUAUGAGAGUCUCCCUUUGGCCCUUCAAUUCCCCUUCACCCGUACGACUCUACCGGACCCGGUGCAAACGGUGUUACGAUUACGUUUCUUUGCUUGCCGAACCAUUAUCUACCGUCCGUAUAUCUUGGCGGUGCUGGAUAACGAACAGGCCGUUUUAGACCCCUCAGUGCGGGAUAGCUGUCACAAGUGCCUCGAAGCCUCAAUCAGGCAAUUGGAGCACAUAUCUGCACAUCACGCCGGCCAUAUGCCCUACCUCUGGCAAGGUGCUCUCUCUAUCGUUUCACAGACAUUACUGGUAAUGGGCGCUACUAUGUCACCGUCUCUGUCUAACAUACUAUUGACGCUCGUACCUCACCGUGAAGUCAUCGAUCAAAUCAUCAAUGACGUAAUUAUGGACAUCGAGAGGAUGGCAAUACUGGCGCCCAGCUUGAGUUUGGCUGCCGAGAUUAUCAAGGAGGCCGAGGUCCGGAGGCGAACAUUCCUGAACGGUUGAUACACGGUCGAGCAUGAUGCAGUGUGCCAGUCCUGAUGGACAUGUUAUGAUGGGUAUGGCCGGUCCGAAUGCUUAAGAGGUCACGACGAUCGGAUGAUGUACUCUUGACCCCGAAAAUUCACCACCUCUACAGACUACAUCUGCAGUCUGCAUGGAAGUGUUAACUUUUACCAUGUCAUAUCUACCCACUGUCUGGGCCGGCCGGUUCGCGUAUCUAGGAACGAGUGCAGGCACUUGCAGAGAUUCCCGUUCAGCAUUCUCGGCUAUGCUCGAAAUGCCUUGUCUCUAUUGCACGAGGACUUCUCCCGGUCUCCCGGGGCAUGCAAGCUGCGAUACGACGCCCCAAUUAGGGAGGUUAUGGCAACUAACUUGUGCGACUAGCCACCGGAUUCCUUUUCAGCCUUGUCGGGUCCCUAGGGCCUAGGGAUCAAGUCCCUCCGUGGCUGAUUUCUUAGAUGAUUGACGAACCCCUAGGAGCGAGGCCGUUGAAAAAGGGCCUAGGGCCGCUAAAGUAGUAGACUGUAGCGCUUUGGCAGCACUG